AUGAAUACCAGCUCCUAUAUGACAAUCAGAACACGUAGCUUAUGAAAACCCUCAAUAUUUAUUUAUUAGAUCUGAUGCAACGCUCGACCUUAGUAACAGGGAGGCAUACGCCAGUUUUAUAGAUUAUAGCAACGUAUCACCUUACUAUCCGUAUAAGAGCUUAAAUAGAUUAGCCAAAACAAAAACAAAGAAAAAGCUAUUGCUUAUGCAGUUGCAUGUUCCGAUUCGAUUGGAAAACUAUUUUAUAAAUCUGGCACAUAGCCGAGAUGUGCCCAAAGGGUUGUGGGUCUGCUCCAUUAAGAGACCUUCAAUUAUGCAGCAUGGAAUUGUGAACGCAUAAGAACCACAGUCCCUGUUGCAGCUUAACUCAAUCAGAUUCAGAUUCAGUUUGCGAAUAUUUUUCAGUAUUACUUAAACUAAAGUGCGCUGUAAUCUCUCAUCUUCGUCUCCGUUUUUCAUGAUUGUCUGUAUUUCUGGUUUUGUCUCUGGCUCUGUCAACAUUUUGCUAAAGAACACGACAGGCGGCAUAUGCACUUCAAAAUGAAAUGCCUUUUCCUCCGAUUCUCGAGUGUAAUUAAUUAAUUUCGCGCUCAUUUCGCUAUGCGACCAUCAUUGUUUGUUGUUGCUGCAACUGCAAAACAUAAAUCAUAAUGUGCAAAUUUACAUAAUAUUCGCUGGGCCAACGAUGGCAGCUCAGUGAUCGUUCUACAUUGGUCGUGGACACGCGUCGUCGCCGGAACAGCAUCCAAGUAACCCGAAGUAACCCAAGGCUCUCAAGGAUAUCUGAAAGCAACUGAAAACGUGUGAUUCGAAUUAUAUUUUUGAGAAUGUCUCACGGUGAACGGAAAGGUCGCCUAAAUGUGAUUAAAUUUUUGGAAUUGGCCUUUUCCAUCGCCUGCCUCGUGCUGCAUUUCUACAGUUUCAACGAUCGCGACAUUAUGACGUCAUUCAUGGCAACGGGCACAUUCACCGGCUACAUUAUAGUGGUAAUUGGUGUAUUUGCAGGCGUCCUAAUGCGUGCACCUAUACAUAAGCGCAUAGACAUCUUCUUCAGUGUCCUCGGCUGCGCCCUGUUUGUGGCCAGCGGCGUCUUCAUAAUAGAGGCCUGGGAGUUCUCGUUUCGUACGCGCACAAGGGAUUUGGCGCUGAUCAAGGCUUCGCUGUCUAUUGUGAAUGGUGUGUUGUUUGGGUUCGAUGCUAUCUUCACAUUUCGGGAUAAGUAAUAUAAACUUCUUGCCAAUUUUAAAGAAACCGCAACGCAUUACAUUCAUACAUUUUUUAAAUCACAAGGUUAGUUAAAAAAGAAAACGAUACAAAAACGCGUUUAUUUUGCAAAUUUUUUCUGGUCUCUCACUCAUUUACACAUUUUUUAUUUUUGUUUUUAGUCCUUUGCAUUAAUCAUAUUUUGUGUGACAUUUUUUGUAAUUGUUCUUGUCAAUAAAAAAAAUAGAAGCCUACAACAUGCAUCAAAUGUGAUUAUAAUUAGGCUAAAGGCCCGCCCAACACAUACACACACACACACACACACACACACAGCCAUACAUAAUACAUACACAUGCGGCAAUUAGCCGCUGACAUGGAAAGCACUAAAAAUAGCUCGAACGCGCUUUUACAUGUUUAAAGUAGUUAGAUUUAAAUUUUUAUUGUGUGUUUUUUUUUGUUUUUUUUGUAUGCUUUUUAUGCUUGAUUGACGUGAGAAAAUAUGCAACACCGUCUUUUUAAGUUGUCGUCGUAGUUGUGUUGAUCUAGGGCUGCAUCUUUGGAUGUUGUUGCUGCUGGUUGCUGGUGUGAUUGCUGUUGGCUGUUGUUGUGGCUUUCUUAGGCAGAAUUGUGUAUGUUAAGGCGGAAAAUAUCGUGAGCAACAAAAUAGGUACCGGCAUUGGCUUUCAACACAAACACCUGAGAGAAAGCGUGUGGCGGAUCGUCAUCGCACUGAAAAAUGUUUGAAAAUAAUUAAUAUUAAUACGAUAUGCCUUCGAAAUAGAACGAUAAAAUAUAAACGUUUGCAAAAUGUUUGUUUAAACGCGUGCAAAUACAAAGUUAAGGGAUAGCAUUAAAAGAAGAGGAAUAUAAAAACAACUAGAGUGUCAGUAAUGCACCAAUAAUCCAGAAGAAAUUCGCUCUUCGGCGCACCGAAGCUGGGCAUACCCUUGCAGACAUCAAAUGUCAACCAUUUCAAGUAUUGUUGAUCGCUGCCUUGCAGAAUAUAUAUACAUAUGUAUGUCGCCUCUAUUUCUUGUUUAUCUUAAAUACAAUUCAUACAAUAAACAUUUGUGAAAAAUGCGUACCAAGGAAUAUUAAUUUGCAGACUUCAUCUCAAAUAAACAGUAAUAAAAGGAAUAUUUGAAAAAGCUCUCCCUAAUGGGAUAAUAUCAUCAUUGUUAACCGUUUUUUUCAUGUUUUUCAUUAAUAUAUAUGUACUUUUUAAAAACAUAUUUUGGAUCAAAAACAAUUGGAAAAUAAUGAUUGAACUAUAACAAGUAACCGAGUGAUUCCCAGUCUAAAGCAUUUGUUGCAUAUCAUAUCAUAUAUUCAGAAAACAUGCACGUAGAGAAGAAGCCCAAUUAGCUGUGUAGCUCAUGACUAUGACUUAAUGUAAGACUGGAACGGACUAUAAUUUACUAACUUGACUGCAAAGGUAAUAUAAAUAUUAUUAUUCCAAUACAAACAAAGAAAAUUAGAAGCUUGGUUUUUGUUGCGGUGUCGUAAAAACCAUGCACUAAUUGACAUAUGUUAAAUUGUAUUAAGACUUUAACAAUAACCUGACUGCAAAGGCAACCCAUGCUCAGAGUGUAGAGUAGAAAGAAGACACGAUGAUCGCAAUGAGCUGGAGCCGGGAUAACAGAGGCCCUGCUGCAGCAGGUGUGUGUGUGUAUGUAUGUAUGCAUUUAUGUACAUAUAUUGAAGUUUGGUGUGCAUGUAGUUUUGUUAGCAUGGUUCAAUAGAACAAUUAUACAAAAGUA